UGCGGCGUUCAAAUAAUCUGUGCUCCUGUUCUGUGAAAUGAUGAAAGCGGCCUGUAUUUACUUGGAUAAUCAAAAUGGUCAGGCGGUUUUCCUCUGUGCGUUUUUUGUUUACCGUCUGCUCCUUUCACAGCAUCGUAAGCUACUCGUACACAGAGGAGGAUUACGCUAUGACAUAAUUUAGCCUCUCCGUCUAGUGGGUGUGUUUGGCGCUCAAUAGGCCAUGCAAGGCCAAGGUGAACCGUUGGAAAUCCUGUCUGUGGCUCAUGGCCAAGCAUCAACACUGUCAUGGGCUUUGGAUCUAUGGCCACUGUGGCCACGCAUAACAACAACAUAUGCAAAUGAAAACAUGUCUCAGAAGGGAAUAAAUGGAGAUUUUCUUUAAUUCAGCAAAUGAGAGCUUUUAUCCCCUCCUCUUGAGAUGUACAGUGUAUGACAGUAGAUUUGAAGCUUGCAGUUGGUUCCCUUUCCCUCAAGAUGGCAGCAUUUCGGUGUCUCCAAGGGAAACCCUGAGCCAAAUGUUGUUGCAUGAGUUGCUGCUACCAAGCAAUUAUGCUCUAAGAGACUUGACUAGGAGAUGCAUUUUGUGAUAGAAUAUUCCAAGGCACUGGGGUGAUCAAUGUGGUUAUUUGUUUUCAUUCUCAAAAACGGCAUUGUAUUAUGUAUAACAAUAAGACAGACAUAACUCAGGCCCUCAAAAGCAAUAUGUGAGUACGAUGGCUGAAAGGGUAUUUUCACCUGUAGACUAUGAAUCACAGGCUUGAAACAGCAUCGACAUAAAGACCCAGCUGUGACUGCGUGCACGCAAUAGUGCAUUUACAGGUGGUGCAGACAGACACGAUCUUUGUAUAGGCUGCUGCGUGUUUGUUAGCAGCAAAACAACCCCGAUCCUGGAUCAGCGUCCCGGAUUUACUUCGCACCGCGUCGUAAACGGAGUCGCUACGGCGGCGAGCAGAGAGGAGAAGGUACCAUCUGAAGUCUCACUCCGUCUACAGUUUAGAUCCGUGACGGUGUCUGGACUUUGAAGAAAAAGCGCUAAUAGUAACGCAUUCGGCGAAUUAGAAAGUAUGGUUGUUGCUGGACUAGUCGUAGAUUAGCAACGAAUGACCCGAUUGUCUGAUGUCAAUGUACAUUCAAAGCUGGCGUAGCAAAGUGGUCCUUGUGGAAUCCUGUGGAAUGUUAAUGGGGAGUAAAGGGAAGCGGGGCCCUGUUGUUGACAUCUAUAUUUCAUUGUUAUUAAAGGACACAAGGCUAAAACUGACUCAUUGGGAGUACCAGACCAGUCACCAUGGUAACCAGCGCUUCUACAGUCGCCAAACUGCAGCUGGAGUGACGCCCACUUUCACGGACUGGAAGGCGGGGCAGAAGUGCGGAGUGAUUCUUCUUGGCAAACGGAGACGAUCUGUGCGCAGCGCGCCGUGUUUACAGCGAGCACGGCGGACUGCAGACGGAUCGCAGGAGACUGUACGUACCUGUACGCCUGAUCUGUCUGACGGCGCCGCCCGGCUCAGCCAACGUCAGCCAUCGACGCAGCGCUUGAAAUAACCCCAAGUAGUCGGCCAGAGCCAGAGCAAUACGGUCAAACAAUCAAUAUUUCCGCUGAUAUGAAGGUGAAUUGCGCCCACAACAACAACGCGGAGCGCGUGUGCACGAUGAGCGGCUGAGGAGGAGGAGGAGGAGGAGGAGGAGGCUGUGGUCUGAAACUACAUUUCCAUCCUGGAUAUUUUGAAAGAAACGUCGUGUCGUUCGCACGAGGAGGCUGGCGCAUUAAUUUAACAUGUUAUUGUACGCCACAGACGGUCUCUUUUCAUCCCGUUUUUAGUUGCGCGUGUGUUAGUGAGGGGGGGUUGGCUCGUUUUCUGUCUCCCGAGGAAUUCUCCAGCAGCGGGGACGUUGGACGUUCCCCCCACCAGAUAUGGAGUGUGAAGAUGCGGAUUACAGAGGACUCCCCGCCGCCAGUUUAACCGCGUUGGUUUCAUUAGACACAGCAGUGCGGCGUCGUUGAGGGCGGGAAUAAACCCGAACUAUGAAUACGCAUGUUGCAGUCAGGGGGAUAAACCAGUGAUUCUGGACCCUGCGCGAGCAGGCUAUCCCGCUAGCCCGUCUGUGGUAGCUAUUAGCUCCAUUAGCCGGCUAACUGCUAAAAAAGGGACUGGCUGGAAAUUUCACAUAAGGGAAGGAUCUGUUGAAUAAUUUCGAGGACGUUUGGGCCACUGUUCCUUCCCCUCGACAUUUUUAUUUGCAGGAUUUGGCGGAUUUACUGAUACAGGAAUGGGGUCCCACACGGAAAGGAGCCGCUUGACCUUGUUUUGGGGUCUGAUGCUGGGUCUGUCGUCCUGCCUCCGGCCCGCCACCGCAGAGAUCUGUGGGCCCAGCAUCGACAUCGGGAACGACAUCAUCGAAUUCAGGCGCCUGGAAAACUGCACGGUGGUGGAGGGCUACCUGCAGAUCCUCCUCAUCGGCGACAAGAACAACAAAAACGUCCACCAGGACGACUUCAGCUCGCUCAGCUUCCCCAAGCUGACCAUGAUCACCGACUACCUGCUGCUGUUCCGCGUGUCCGGCCUGGACAGCCUGAGCACGCUCUUCCCCAACCUCGCUGUCAUACGUGGGCGAAACCUCUUCUACAACUACGCGCUGGUGAUCUUCGAGAUGACCAGCCUGAAGGACAUCGGCCUGUACAACCUGAAGAACAUCACCCGCGGCGCCAUCCGCAUCGAGAAGAACCCCGAGCUCUGCUACCUGGACUCCAUCGACUGGUCGCUCAUCCUGGACGCCGAGUUCAACAACUACAUCGCCGGCAACAAGCAGUCCAAGGAGUGCAGCGACGUGUGCCCGGGCAUCAUGGAGAACAGCCCCCAGUGCAGGAAGACCAUGUUCAACAACAACUACAACUACCGCUGCUGGAAUUCCAACUACUGCCAGAAAGAGUGCCCAGAGAAGUGUGCACGGCUAGCGUGCACGGCGGACGGAGAGUGCUGCCACCCUCAGUGUCUGGGCAGCUGCACGGCUCCUAAUAGCGACACGGCGUGCGCAGCGUGUGCGCAUUACUACCACCAGGGGCGCUGCGUGGCCGACUGCCCUCGCGACACCUACAAGUUUGAGGGCUGGCGGUGCAUCAGCAAAGAGCUCUGCUCCAAGGUCCACCUUCCCGACUUCAACAGCUUCGUCAUCCACGGCGGAGAGUGCAUGUCCGAGUGCCCACACGGGUACAUGCAGGCCACACCCAACAGUAUGUUCUGUAAAGCCUGCGAUGGUCUGUGUGAUAAAGUGUGCGAGGAGAAGGUCAUCGACUCCGUGGAUGCCGCUCAGUCCCUCAAAGGCUGCACUGUGAUCAAAGGCAACCUGCACAUCAACAUCCGCCGAGGCCACAACAUGGUGGCAGAGCUGGAGAGUUUCACAGGCUUGAUCCAGAGGGUGACCGGUAAUGUGCGGAUCCGACACUCCCACACUCUGAGUUCGCUGGCAUUCCUUCGCAACCUUCGACACAUCGAUGGAGACAACCUUCUGGAGGACAUGUAUGCCUUCUUGGCAGUGGACAACCAGCAGCUGCAGUACCUUUGGGAUUGGAAGCAGCACAACCUCACCAUCAAGGCAGGAAAGCUGUCCUUCAGGGCCAACCCAAAGCUCUGCAUGUCCGAGAUCCGCAAGAUGUGGGAGAAGACGGGCAUUCAGGGCAACUUUGAUGAGAGCGAUUUCCGAAACAACGGCGACAGAGCCAGCUGUGAAAGCACAAUCCUGACAUUCAAGUCCAACACCACCAGCAGUACGAGGAUAAAACUGACCUGGCAACGCUACCGCCCCCCUGACUACAGAGACCUCAUCAGCUUUAUCGUCUACUACAAGGAGGCGCCUUUCCAGAACAUCACAGAGUUCGAGGGCCAGGACGGCUGCGGGUCCAACAGCUGGAAUAUGGUGGACGUGGAGCUGAGGCCGGACAAGGACUCGGACCCCGGAGUUCUGCUGUCCAACCUGAAGCCCUGGACGCAGUACGCCGUGUUCGUCAAGGCCAUCACGCUCAUGGUGGAGGAUAAACAUUUGCCAAGUGCUAAGAGCAAGGUGGUCUACAUCCGCACCAGCCCUUCUGCGCCGUCCAUGCCUCAGGACGUGCGAGCGUACUCAAACUCCACCACGCAGCUGGUGGUGCGUUGGUCGCCGCCCAUCUCGCCCAACGGGAACCAGACUUACUACCUGGUGAGGUGGCAGCAACAAGCCGAAGACCGUGAGCUGUAUCAGCACAAUUACUGCUCUAAGGAGCUUAAGAUCCCCAUUCGGAUCGCCGCCAUAGGUGUGGGGGACCAGGAAGAGGAAACCAAGCCCACCAAGCCGGACCACGACGGGACGGAUAAGGGCCCCUGCUGCCCCUGCCCUAAAUCAGUCGAGGACCUGGAGGCCGAAGCUGCCGACGCCUCCUACAGGAAAGUCUUUGAGAACUUCCUGCACAACUCCAUUUUCACACCGAGGCCGCCGGAUCGACGCCGCCGGGACCUCUUCGCCGCAGCCAACUCCACCCAACCCCGCCGCAUCCGCUUGCACGGCAACAGCAGCACCGCCUCCCCUCAACAAGCCGCCGGCAACGGCAGCGCGGCGGCGGACGUGGGGCCGGCCGACGUGGAGUUUGACUUUGUGGAGCAGGCGGUGGAGGAGCGCGAGCUGCAGAUCUCCGGACUGCAGCCGUUCACGGUGUACCGCAUCGACAUCCACGCGUGCAAUCGGCAGGUCCAGCGCUGCAGCGCCGCAGAGUUUGUCUUCUCCAGGACGAGGCCCGCAGAAAAGGCUGACGACAUACUGGGCCCAGUGACCUGGGACGGCCAAGAGGACUGGGUGUUUCUGCGCUGGUCCGAGCCGCCUCACCCCAACGGACUCAUCCUCAUGUAUGAGAUCAAGUUUAAACUGGCUGCGGAGACCGAGAAGCAUGAGUGUGUCUCUGGUCAGAUGUAUCGGGUCCAGGGGGGCGUUCGGCUGUCCAACCUUGGUCCAGGGAACUACUCGGUCAGAGUGAGAGCCACGUCCCUGGCUGGCAACGGCUCGUGGACCCGCCCUCUGGACCUCUACGUGGCCGAGCGAUACGAAAACAUGCUGUACGCCAUGAUCUUUGUCCCUGUCCUCAUCAUCUUCCUCGUCUGCCUUUUGGUCCCAUUGCUGGUGGUCCUCAGCAGGAAAAGGAGCAGCGAUCGGCUUGGAAAUGGAGUCCUUUACGCCUCGGUCAACCCAGAGUACUUCAGUGCUGCAGAAAUGUACGUGCCAGACGAGUGGGAGGUGGCACGGGAGAAGAUCACCCUGAACCGCGAGCUUGGCCAGGGCUCCUUCGGCAUGGUGUACGAGGGCCUCGCGAAGGGCGUGGUCAAGGACGAAGCAGAGACCCGCGUGGCCGUCAAGACCGUCAACGAGUCGGCCAGCAUGAGGGAGAGGAUCGAGUUUCUCAACGAAGCCUCUGUCAUGAAGGAGUUCAACUGUCACCACGUGGUUCGUCUCCUCGGAGUGGUUUCUCAGGGCCAGCCCACCCUGGUCAUCAUGGAGCUGAUGACGCGAGGGGACCUGAAGAGUUACCUGCGCUCCCUCCGACCUAAAGAGCAACAGUGGUCCAGCCUCUCUCUGCCUCCGCUGAAGAAGAUGCUGCAGAUGGCCGGGCAGAUCGCUGACGGCAUGGCUUACCUCAACGCCAACAAGUUUGUCCACAGAGACCUGGCAGCCAGGAACUGCAUGGUGGCCGAGGACUUCACCGUUAAGAUAGGAGACUUCGGCAUGACCAGAGACAUCUACGAGACUGAUUACUAUCGCAAAGGGGGUAAGGGUUUGCUUCCUGUCCGCUGGAUGUCCCCCGAGUCUCUGAAGGACGGGGUCUUCACCACCACCUCUGAUGUCUGGUCAUUCGGGGUAGUGCUGUGGGAAAUUGCCACCCUGUCAGAACAGCCCUACCAGGGUCUGUCCAACGAGCAGGUGCUGCGCUUUGUCAUGGAGGGAGGGCUGCUGGAGAAACCUCAGAACUGUCCCGACAUGCUGUUCGAGCUGAUGCGAAUGUGUUGGCAGUACAACCCCAAGAUGCGUCCGGCCUUCGUGGAGAUCAUCAGCAGCCUGAAGGACGAGCUGGACCCGUCUUUCAGAGAGUCGAGUUUCUUCUACAGCGCCGACAACAAGCCGCCCGAGGCCGCUCAGCCCCCCGCGGAGCAGGUGGACAACGUGGACACCGUUCCUCUGGACCCUGCGUCUCCCAAACGGCAAACGCAGCCAACACCAGUCCCCCAACAGACCCCGCCCUCCCCGGGCUCAGAGGCGCCGCCCGCCCCUUCGUUAGCCCCCGCCUCGCCCUCCUCGCCCUGCUCGUCGAGCGCCGCCGCAGACCAGCAGCCCCCUGGCCUGCCGGCGGCCAACGGGCUGUCUGCGGCGCCACCUUCACUGGACGAGCUGCCGCCGUACACCCACAUGAACGGGGGCCGUAAGAACGAGCGGGCCGUGCCGCUCCCGCAGUCCUCUGCCUGCUGAUUGGACAAAGACACCGACCUGUCUCUUUCGCUCUCUCUCUGUGUUUUCUUUCUUUUUAAUCACAGCAGAACCAUGUCCACGUGAUGCAGAGGAGCAAAGACUCGGCACAUCUUCACUUCCUGUAGUUUUGGUGUCGUACCAUCUGUGGAAACACCGACAAAUGCGAAAGUAGAAAAUGAAGAACAUGAUUGGGGGAGUGGAAGGGGGUCACCUCCCUCUUUCUUUCCGACUGAACUUAUUUUUAUAAAUAUAUAUAUAUAUUUUUCCCAUCGAUUUUCAGCUGCAAAAACCGGUUGCGUGGGCCUUCGCAAGCGGCCGCUUCGUGGUCGCUGUGGUUAACGGUUAAGCAUAUCUAAUGGAGACCGGGUCAACAGACAGCUCCUGAGGGGAGAAUCUGCCAAAUUUGUUGCCAAAAUAGUUACAUUUUUUCUUCUUUUUUGAGGUCUUUAUUCUCAGUGUAUCGAUAAAGAAAUGCACUUUUUUCUGCUUCAUUAUUGUUAAAGAUUAUUUUCCUCUUUCCGCAGUCUGACAUCACUACAUCGAUGAAGAAAGGCGGGUAAAUCUAUGACCUUUCUCAACUGCGAGUUGGUCGACUGGAGGCGUACUGUCUAUCGGUUUUUAGACUUUAGUUUUCAAAAUUGACUUGGCUGAGCUUUGAUGUACGCACCAGUUGUUUUUGUCAUUUUUCUAACUUUUCUACGGUUGGAGACAUUUGUCAUGUUUAAAAUAAAGCUGCUAUUCCUAUUUCCCUCGUGGUUGUAAUAUAGUUGAUAGGAAAACGACUCCUUCUGGUCGGCUAUAAGUACGUUUCCACCAACGUCCCCUUUUUGAUAAAUAUGCUUGUAAUAGUGUUGACGUUUAUCUGAGCUGGUGUGUGUGUGUGUGUGUGUGUGUGUGUGUGUGUGUGUGUGUGUGUGUGUGUGUGUGUGUGUGUGUGUGUGUGUGUGUGUGUGUGUGUGUGUGUGUGUGUGUGUGUGUGUGUGUGUGUGUGUGUGUGUGUGUGUGUGUGUGUGUGUGUGUGUGUGUGUGUGGCGUUACAUACAAUAGUGUAAAAGGGUGUUCGGAGCCCCAACUGACAAAAUAAUAAAACUUUAUAGCCCUAUUAAUAAUAAUGUUAGUUAAUUAUGGAUGGAGUUGCAUUAUGCUCUUUCAUUUCUUCAAGUUUGUUAAGAAAAAAUAUUUUAGAUAAAUGAAAAGUAAUUGAUGGUAAAAAAUAAACCCAACCAAAAGCUUUAUUUAAAAUGUCAUUCUGUUUAGAUUAUUUACCAACAAAGUUAUUUAUUGUUGUGUUACAUAAUAUUUAAUGAUGCCUUUACCACAUUUUGUCAGUUUCAGGGCUCCAUACGGCUCCAACUCCAGUUCAAAGUACAAAUUAUUGCAAAAUAGUAUUUAUUUAAUGUAGCCUUAACGCCUUAUUUUAUUUAGGGACUGCAAAAGAAAAAGUCUCACUCAUCAACCUUUCUGAGUUCCAGUGUUUUCUGACUCAUCCGCGCAAUUUGUCUUGUCUUUUCGUUUUUUCUCCCUCAUACACCCAUAGACCAACUUAGAUUGGUUUGUGGAAUCCGUGUAAUUAUUUUACAGCCCUGACCUGAUUCUUUUUUUGGCCACAAGGUUCAACGGGUCUUUAGUUUGGAUUUCCAACCCAGAUGUUAUUUAUGUUUCUUCUUUCUUAAAUGUAAAUCACUGUAUAACCCUCCACCCCAACCUCCUCCUAAAUAUUCUUGCUAUUUGGGGGGGAAUGUUUUGUUUAGUAUUUCAACCAUCCAUCUACCUCACUUUUUCCCUUUUUUUCAGAUCUAUUGUCACGUAGAGAAAAGCCUGACCUCUGUGACCACUGAUUUCUUAAUACGGUCAAAGCGUGUUACUGAGCCCCAGUUUGUGCCUCGUGUUGCUCUGCAACCUCGUACAAAGAAAUCCUUCAGAACCCACCGGGUCAUUUGAUCACUCCUGCUGCUGUUCUGAAUGUAUUUAAUGAAUCCACAAAGACUUCCUACAGAUGGUAAAGAAACAAAUUCUCUGUCGCACAAUAGAAAAGAUUUUCUCCAAAUUGAAACUGUAUUUUCUCAUCCAAGCUGGUAGAAAUCUUUUGUUUUACAUUUAAAAAAAAUAUGUUUUUUUUAACAAUUAACACAAUGAAGACAAAUGUAACUGAAAGUAAAACAAUUUAUUUGAAUAGAAAUAUUUUAAAGAAUCUUUUAGGAUUCUGGAAAAACAAACCAACCGUUUUAGGUGUGGUCACGGAGGGGAGAACAGAAGACAGAACACUACAAUCUGUGACAAAGUGAUGAUUGAGGCACAAGCUGGGACCCCCCCCCCCCCCCCCCCCACAUGUGAAUCCAGUUCGAUCGUUAGAAGGGAAAAUGCAAUGUUUGGAAGCAGCGAGUGAGUCACAAAAUAAUUAUUCUCUGCUUGGAGCUAAAACACGCACACGCCUACUACAUCUCUAAUGACACGUGGGGCUUCAAGUUGACAGCUUUUCCGAUUGAUGACUUCAUGUUGACUCAAACACUUCCCUGACUUCCUGUGGGAUUGUGUCCAAGUGACCAUUAAGCUGGUGAUCGUUCAACACAACAAUCUGCAUCCCACGUUCAACUUUUUUAACGUUCAAUCGGAUGCUGUUUGUUUCUAAUAAUACAAUCUAAUCGUUCAUGAGAGGAGUUAAUGAUUACUUCCUCUUUGUGUUUUCGCCCAAUUCUUACCAAAAUGUUGUUGUGCAUAAGUUAUUCACAGCCAUCCAGCUCCUGCGUGUUUCUAUUGAAAUGAUCUGUUUGGAUUGAAGUUUAAUAUUGGGAUUUGUACAUGCUGUAAUACGGUUGUUUUUCCUAUUUUUCCUGUCAUCGAUAUAUUGUGAGUAACGGUGGGAAACAAUUGGCUGAAAGAGAGGAUUGUUUUUUCUACACAAGAUUUACGAUGAAUAAAAAUGUAUGCAAACUGUU